GUAUUCCUGGACACCCUAUACAAAUAUGACGAUUCAUUUUACAUUGAAAUAAGGAUGGAAUCAAGUGUUUUUUAUUUCAUUCCAGAUUCCACUACACAACAUGACGGGAAUCAAAGUGCUUAACGUAUCGCACAACCUGAUAACCACCGUCCCAAGAAAAACAUUUCCCAAGUUGUACGAACUCCACACGAUCGAUUUAUCGUACAACAAACUCACUGAUAUCUUUAACUCCGUCUUCCAAACGUUAUUCUCACUGCGGUACCUCAACCUGAGUCAUAACAGCUUGGAGAUGAUCAAACCAAGCACGUUUGGAGCAGUACCUACUCUUUUGGAGCUCGACAUGAGCUACAACAACAUCGACAGUAUCGUAAGGAGUGCUUUCACCAGAUUAUCCGGUACCAGAACACUAAAUCUACGAGGAAACAGACUGUCGUCAUUGUUCCAACUACCAAUAUCAGUAUCUCAUUUAGAUUUGUCUCACAACAAUUUCGACGUAAUUCCUCCGAAGAUGUGGCCCUCGAUGAAUUCGCUUCUGAGUUUGGACUUGAGUUACAACAAUUUGGGAGAUGGGUUUGAAGAUGGCAGCAGUUUCUCUAGUUUGUUAACGUUGCAAAGGUUAAACUUGAACUAUAACGGUAUCAGGGAACCUCCAUGGGUGGCGUUGAGCGAGCUCACUUCUCUGCAGUAUCUUUAUAUGGAGGUAGGUAUUAGUGAAAAUUCAUGUGUUAAUCGCGGUAAAAAAUGUCUUCAACUCAAAACGCUGUUGUGA